AUGCCUCGGUUCCUUCUUGUAUGUUUGGUGCUGGCCGAUGCGCUUGCGGUUCCAACCACGGCUACUGAAGAAGUUGAGGCUCGGUUCAUGCUCAAAGGUCACAGCCACUCAGAGCCAGACCCACCAGCUUUGGGUCCAGAAGUUGGAACAGCACAAACACCCUCAACCCAAUGGGUGAAUGGAGGAGAUUCUGCUGUGGAGCUCACUUCUUCUGACCAACCAGCUCCGUCGGAAGCUGCAAACCGAGCAAUCAGAUUCGGAGCCGAAUUACGUAUUACGAUCACUCCCACGCUGUCUCCCUUCCUCAUCCUCCCUACUCUUCCCCUAUACUUGUCGGAGUGCAAACCGCUAUCUCCAUUAGUUUUUCUGCUACCACCGCGACCAGAUGGUUCGGGUGUUCGACCUUCGACCGAUGAAGUUGGGAUAGAGGGAUGGAAUGAAACCAAUGACUCCUAUGGUUUCACCUAUGUGAAGGACUCAAAGGGCUCAAAGAAAUCAGUCUUGGUGAAAUGCUUGGUGACGGGGGAUGAUUUGAUUGUUGAUGCACUUGAUAUUGGUCUUGGGGAAAGAAAACCUAUGAAUCACCAGAUCAACAUCAAUGACUAUGAUGGUGGAAGUGGGGGCACCAACUAUUCACGGAUGUAUAAAAAUUUCACAGAGCUUGUGAGGAGUUUGAAUUCUAGUAUCCUGGCUAAGUUGGAGUCAUUAUCAACAAUGCCAAGUGGUUCAACCCCUUCCCUUCCAAGGUCAAAAGAAAGUGUGGAAUCAGAAUGUGACAAAGGUGACCCUCGUGUGAGAGUCUUAGAGCCUCAAGUCCCCCAGCAACUUCCUCCAGUUCUUGUAUAUCCUCAAGUUCCAUCUCUUGGUUCAAGUGAUCUUUACCCAGGGCCUGCCAUUGGAGUGUAUCCUUCAUGGAGCACUGGCAUUGGUGGAGGCAUGCUUUUAGGACCAAAUGACCCCAGCUGGUUUAGUGGCACAUAUGGAGAGCAAAUUGGAGUCCCUGGGGGAGUUCCGGGUGUUCCACCUGGUGCUCGUUUUGAUCCCUAUGGCCCUCCAGGUGUUUCUGGUUUUGAGCCUAAUCGAUUUGUCAGGGUGCCAAGGAGGUCCGGCGGUGGGGCUCAUCCCGACUUGGAGCACUUUAGGGAUGAUUCCGAUAUGAUUUAGCUCUAUGUAUUCUGUCUGACACUAUUUUCCAUGCUUUUAGUAUACUGUUAGAACGUAUUAGCUAGUCGAGCCUGACUAAUAUGUAAAUAUUGGAGAUAAAGAUGCUGUUUUGAUUUCUAUUUUUAUGUAUAUAUAUAAAUUCGAGACAUGGGGCCAAAGAGUGCCAACGUCUCUGCAUAUAGAAAACCACUCAAAGGUGAUUUU